GAGCACAACGAGGAAGGCAAGGAGACGCUCUUUAUUAUUAGGAGGAGAAGCGGAGGGGGGAGACGGAGACGGAGACGGCUCAGACCGUGGCGGCGGGGACCGGAGAGCGGCGCGCGCACACACCGACGGUCGGCAGCGGCGCUCGGAUGGUGCUGGUGUCGCUCCGGACGCGGCGACGAUGCGGCCACACUGCUGGGUGAUGGUGGCGCUGGCGGGGAUCAUGUCGUACUUCAGCCCGGAGAGAGCCCUCGGAGCCCCGCAGAGGGAAGUUUCUCAGUCCAGGGCCGCGUCCCUCUCUCCUCCACCCUACGUCGUCAUCCUCAUCUCCUGCUCGGGGCUCGUCUCCUUUGUUCUGCUGCUCCUCACCUGCCUGUGCUGUAAGAGAGGAGGAGUGGGAUUCAAUGUAAGUCUUCAACAUGAGUUCGACAACGCCGACGGGGAGGAGUGCUCUGGAGGCUCCAGCCCCAUCCAGGAGGACAGCCUGUCGUCAUGUCCCUCGCUCCCCGAGGUCUACACCCUUCCAGUCAGAGACAGGCACAGCUGCCCUGCCCUGCAGGACGGAGCAGACUCCAAGUCUCAGUGCUUCAAAAGGCACACUUUGAACUACCUUCAGGAGAUCGGAAACGGCUGGUUUGGAAAGGUGAUCCUGGCUGAGGUGCUGUGUGACUGCAGCUCCUCUCAGGCCGUGGUGAAGGAGCUGCGGAUCAGCGCCAGCCCUCUGGAGCAGAGGAAGUUCUUGGCUGAAUCGGAGCCAUACAGGAGCCUUAAACAUCCCAACAUCCUUCAGUGUUUGGGCCAGUGCAGCGAGAGCAUCCCAUUCCUCCUGGUUAUGGAGUUCUGUCAGCUGGGUGACCUGAAAAGGUAUCUGCGAGCCCAGCGCAAGUCUGACGGCAUGACUCCAGACCUGCCCAUGCGGGACUUGUUGACUCUGCAGAGAAUGGCGUUUGAGAUCACCUCGGGCCUGUUGCAUCUCCAUGAAAACAACUACAUCCACAGUGAUCUGGCUUUAAGAAACUGCCUGCUGACCUCGGACCUCACUGUCAGAAUAGGAGACUACGGCCUGUCUCACAACCACUACAAGGAGGACUAUUAUUUAACUCCAGACAAGCUGUGGAUCCCGCUACGCUGGAUCGCUCCAGAGUUGCUGGAGGAGUACAGAGGAUCUCUUAUUGUUACCGACCAAACCAAAACCAGCAACGUGUGGUCUUUGGGGGUGGUGAUAUGGGAGCUGUUUGAGUUUGGCUCGCAGCCCCACAGACACCUGAGCGAUGAAGAGGUGCUGACAUUCGUCAUCAGGGAGCGGCAGAUCACACUGGCCCAGCCCAGACUCAAACUCUCCCAUGCAGACUACUGGUAUGAGAUCAUGCAGUCCUGCUGGCUCCCUCCAUCUCAACGCCCUUCAGUGGCUGAGCUCUUCCUCCUCCUCUCCUCUCUCCUAACCGCUGAGCGACGAAUGGCGAGGGCGAGUGUCAGGGAGGAGGACGAGGAGGACGAGGAGUAUGAGGAUGGCAGGGGGAGGAGGGGGGAGAGCGAGGAGUCCUUUGAAAGACGCUGGGACUUACUCCGUCCGCCCGCUUUUCAGACUGCCGCCAACGAGCGGCAGCGGGAGCGAGAGCGAGAUUACAGCAGGGAAGACCGAGACAACUCCUACCCGCUGCUGGACCCCGUGGGCAACUGUAUCACCCCGUCCUCGUCGGAACUGGACGACAUCCUGACAGUCACGGAAACUAGCAAAGGCUUGAACUUUGAGUAUUUCUGGGAGAAGGCUCACGCCCGACGAGGAUACAAACCUCUCCCUCCUCCUCAGACAAUCCCAACCGUCAAUAAUAACCAUCGACAGUCUUUGGACACGCCCACCGUGGUCCCGGUCAUUAGUGCACGUAGUCCCUCCCUCGCCAGUGAGUACUACAUCAGACUAGAGGAGCACACUCCUCAGGACAAGUCGCCAACUCUUAAAGGGAAAUCACAGUGCUCUUUCCGCUCGGACUCCAUUUGCCCUGGAGACAUGGAGCUGGUGGAGAUUCGCAGCGGGAUGCUUGGGAAGGAGCGAGUCCCGUAUUGUUCCUCUGACAGGUGUGGAAAGAGCCUGCAGACGGUCCGAUCCAGCGAGGUUCAGCUGCAGGUGCCCAACACGGGCGUGGCAGAGUUCAGAGACACUUCCAGCCGAGUGACUGACUUCUCUGUCGUGGAUCUGGGGGAUGAUGAUGAUGAUGAUGAUGAUGAUGAAGACGACAAGAAAAAAAGCAGUGAGGCAGAUAAGAGGUCCUCCACCAGCUCUCAAGCCCCGGUCCUCCCUCCUAAGCCUCGAUCCAUGUCCAUGUCAUCAGCCAACCACCUCCACAAGCGCCCUCUUCCCGCCCCCCCGCUGGGCUACAGAGGCCUGCCUCACUACACCGUUGGCGGGAAGAUCGAAACAGACCCCCAUCACAUGAGUAGCUGCCCACCGUCCACCUUUGAUCAUUUAGGGCUCCAUCGCUCCAGACAGACUCUUCCUCCAUCCCCGUCCCUCUCACCCUCCCUCCCGCCGUCCAGCCAUCCCAUUUACCCUCAGCCUCCUCAAAUGUGCCCCCCGCCGCUUCCUCCCCACUGCAAACCACAGAGAAGCUGCCCCAGCUACAACGCAGCCGACGCUUAUUUAAGAUACAGUAAGCCGCAGAUGCACAGAUCCCAUAGAGACCCACUAUCCUGUGACCUGUCUGACAGAGAGGGUGGCACCAGAUGUGCAGCGUUGCACAACUCCAAGGAGACUUCUCAUUCGCGUGCAAAGGACUUUGACUCCCCUGUCCGUAGAGAAAACCCUUUGCGUCCUAUUUACCGCAAUCUGCCCCGCACUCAGUCUACGAACCCUCAGAUUGACAGGCAAUCGUCAUCAAGUCCCACCUACUCUGAUGAGGAUGACUCUCCCUUCGUGUCCCCCGAGAGACUGAGCGGUGGGACUACUAUCGCUCACUCCAGCCUAUCUGAAGACGCAGACCCAGCAACGGCGGAGCUCUUCUCCAGGGGAAUGAAGAGGACUCAGUCACGCCUUGACACCAUCCUGCCUGCCAUUUGGAAGGAGGAUGCUGAGCUUCAGGCAGAGCGUGUGGCUGCAGCUAAAAAGUCCCCCAUGCACCUGUUCCUGACAGAGAUAGCAACUGUGAGAGAGUCCAGCGAGUCCAAGUCCGACACCUCGUGGGAGGGACAGAAGAACGAGAAGAGCGACGGCGAGCGAUGGGGGAACUUUGUGCUGCCCAACAAAGGAAUGCGUCGCUCCCAGUCGCUGAUCACAGAGCUGGGCUCAGCAGGACAGUCAUGGGGACCAGACAAACCAGUCAAUGGGACAGAUGCUGAUGAGGGCAAUACUAACGAGCCAACCCCAAAGGAUCUUUUUCUUACAGAGAUCAACACCGGAAGGAUGGACACGAAUGUGGAGGGAGGAUCCGAAAGUGACACAGUGAAGUACCUCUAUCCCGCAGGUUCCAGACUGAGGCCCUACUUUUGUGCGCCAGGCUUUUCGUCCUACGCGGAGGCUGAGGAGGCGUACUCAAAGGGUAUACGGAGAUCCCGCUCCCUUCUCUCUGAGAGCACCAUCGAAAAGCAGGAAUCCGGUUUACAGCAGGCUGAGAAGGAGCUAAGGAGAACCGAAAUGACCAGGGAGGAGUUCCUGAAGGAGAUCCAAUCAGCGGAGACCUUUCUGACUGAAAUCAUGUCAAGACAAACUGCUUCAGCAGCUCCGAAUGAAGCCGAGUCGUCUUACUCCCCAACUCCGCUCUCACCUGAAUACGAAUCUAUAUGCAUUGACCCAAACUCUGCUCAGACCAUUCGAUUUCAGUCAGAGAGCUCCGUACGAGCAGCCGCUAAGGGCAAAGAGGACGCACAUACUGAGGCCAUUUAUGCCCAAGUGACCAAACGUGCCAAAAAGAGUGAGAUCAAGGUUUCUGUGAGACCUGAGAUCCCCGUUCUUCACAUAGGGCCAAACCCACAAGCUCUUACACUGGACAGCCAAGGACACAAUGCUGAGCACUGCCAAUCCGAUGACUUUGUGUUUUCAGAAAUCAUGCCAAAAAAUGGUUUACUACACAACCAAGCACUUGCAUGUCAGACGGAAGAAGAGGAAUGUGUGGACGGUCCUGCCUUACCUGCCAGAGGGGAGCACGCAGAUUUAUUGGAUAAGUCUCCAAAUGAAUCCACUGAAAAUGUUAAGGAAUCUCACACUGUGAUCCAAGUCGAGGACAAAUCAGUCUUUACAAUCGACACAAAUACUGUUAAUGGGAAUGGUGAGAGAGCGGAAAUAGACCUCCAGGUCUCUAGUCCUAACAGAAAGGAACAACAAUGCGGGAAGAAGGAAACCAUGUUGUAUGAUCACGAGACGGAACAGAACCACUCAGAAAUCAUCAUGGAAGCUGAUUUACACAACUCUAAAACCGAGGUUGAUCAAAAUGAUAAUGAGAGUUUCUCAAAGCCUGAAAGGGAACAUUUACUCCAGCACAGGGAGAGUAGUCACAUCACGCAAAAAGCAGCCACUCCAGACUGGGACCAGUCCUCUGACGUCUCGCUCGUCACACCCACCGACUCGGUCCUGUCACCGAUGACAUCCAGCUCAGCUGACUGCCUCACACCCAGCGACUCCUGGGCGGGAGGGGGAGGCGGAUCGGGAGGCAGUGGGUGGCGGGCUCUGGGAAACGAUACGCCUCAUCGAGACUCGGCCUAUUUCUCUGAUAGCGACUGGGAAGGGGAUGGGAUGAACAGGAGGAGCAGCGAGGGGCUUAUUGCCUCCAGGCCGAGCAGCAGUCGAGGAGGCGAGAGGGGAACGCUGACCGGGAUCCAAGAAAGGACCGAAGAGGAGGGGGAGAUGGGGGAAAAGAGUCCUUUAAGAAACAGUAGUCAGAUGGGCGAGAGGAAAGGUCAAACGGAGGAAGAGGCAAUUGUUAUAACGGUUGAACAUGGCCCUAUAAAUGACAUCAGUCAUUCGGGUGAUGACCAGGAUAUUGUAGGCAAAAGUCUGGACUCCACACAUAGAGACGAUUCUGGCAUUUUCCACAGUGAAAUCAAAAAGUGCGAUGAGCCACCGGCCAAAGACUGCAUCGAUUUAAUUGAUAGGUUGUUCUCAAAAUUAGAUGAUGAGCCACUAAAAGGGCUCCCACACAGUGGUGGGUAUCCAAUGGACAACCACUACACAGAUGGCAUCAUCUCACAGAUAACAGAUUGCAAAUACCUGGACUCUGCAGACAGCAGCUUAAAUCUACAUUCCAAGAGCCUGGCGGAUGCAAAUAUUCUGAUUGAGACUGUAAGUGGCAGCCAGCUGAACGACUGCACGUUUAGGCCAAGCAUCAAGGAUUACGCAAGCGUUACAGAGAGAGAUAUCGAUCUGUCGGCAGUGAAUUCCCUCAAAUGUGUAAAUGACACUGUGGAAACCGUGGCAGCAUCUGCAGUUGUUGACAAAGAGCCCAAAUUCGCUCAACUGUAUGACAUUGAAGCCCGUGACACCACACUUAGAGAUGAAGCCCCGCCGCCGCUCGAGCCGAGCGAUGACAGGAACUGUGUCGCUGAUCAAAAGAGUGGACCGAUGCGUCCUUCGUGGGACGACAUUAGCGCCGAGGAGCCCGGGAGACGGGAGACGAGUCCUGGUCUGGAUCAGAAUGAGCUGGGCCUGAGGAACCGCCCCUGUGAGCACAGGGCGAUCACGCCCGAGCCGGAGAAGCAGCUGGCGGCCGCAGAGCUGAGCAACGCCCUGAGGGAGAAGUCGCCUCUGCGAGAAGCGGCGCGUGGGGUCCACUCUGCUAACAACGUGGAGGAAAGCUCCUGCGAGGAGCCGGACGGGAAAACCAACGCCGUGUGGAGUGACCUGGAGGAGGACGCCGAUAGGCCGGGGUCAGGUGCGGUCACAGGAGAGUUUGACUGCCACCGCUUCUCACACGCCGGGGACCUGCACCUGUGGCCUGAUGAAAACGACCAGUGGGCCCCUCCAGAGAAGCGCAGCCAGGACGCGGAGCUGAGGUCUGAGUUUUUCUUGGGCUUCAGCAAUAAGGCCUGGGAGGUGGGCGAGCGUCUCGUGGUGAGCCAGGAGUUCUGGGAAACGGAGGUCAACGACGAGCUCGCAGGCCGCGAACCCCACCCUGCGUUGGGAGGCUGCGAGGAAUCCUGCAAUGACGAAACACAAGGGAUAAUCAGUAGCUUCGGCACUAACGAAAGGUGGGACUGCAGUGGGACGAAAGACGACCACAACCACCAAGCGGCAGACAUUCAACAGGAGGAAAACAUUGAGAAUCUGGGAGAAAUUGGCAGUUUUAAGCAAGAAAGAGAAACCUCGUACACUGAUGCAGAGAAUCUGGAAAUCCCGGAGCGGGAAUCCUUGGAGCAAGGACAGAUGCAGAUUUCAUCAAGCGCCGCGGCGGCGAAGGAGGCGGCGGCUGAGCCCGGCUCCGCGGAGACGGGGGAGAAUCAAAAUUUUAACAGAUGGCCUCAGAAUCACCUCUACGAGAUCCAGCAGGAGGAGCAGACGUCAGCAGAACACGCUGACAUUGAAGCGUGCUCUGGGUUCGAGAUCUUUGCUCCAGAAAAUAAAAGCUCAAAUGUAUCUAUUUGUAUAACUGCGGCGCCUCUAGAGAACUUUUCAGACCUGGAACAUGUUGAGUCAGACUUAGAUUCAGAAGCUGAAGCGAGACCAUGGUUUUCAGGGCAAUGCAUAGAAGGAAGAAUAAGCAUUAUGGGUGAAGAGGAGAACUGCAGGGAUGCGUCCCUUCCAUCAGAUUCCAGUUCUGGUCCCCGUGAUGCUGACGUACAGGAGGAUCUAGAUCCUUCAUUUCCACAGCUCCAGGAUAACUUCAGCUCCGUAGACUUCCCCAGUCCCCCACCCAGCAUAGACCUUGAUGUGCAAGAUGAUAAACUGGAGAGUUUAGACGACUCUUUUCCAAGUCCGCCGCCAUCGGUGACAGAGGCCGAGGAGUUUAUUAGUAACAUCAAUCUAGAUGACUUUAUUGCUAGCGCUGAGACAGAGUUGUAUAUUUCCCCCACUCAGGACGCGGAUGUUUUAGAGCCUCCUCUGCCAGAAUCACCGCCUGCUACAAGACACAGUAAAGGCAUCACGGCGAAUCUGGACAUUCCCACCGUGCACAUAACAAUGCACGAUGAGAGCAACCUGGCGUCCAGCGCAGAAGCUGAGGAUGAAGGUAGCAAACAGGAAACACCUGCUGACCCCCAGUGCUCCCCACAGGACCCCCUCAACCACCUCCCAGAUUUACUUAUUUCUGAGUGGAAAGAUUUGGAUGAUGAGCCUCUGGAGGAUUUUGAAAAACUGGAACAGCUGUGCUGCAUAUCUGGAGACGAGGAGGACCUGUUCUUAGGGAACCUGGAGCUCCUGGAGUCGUUGAAGAAAACACCUGAGCAGAAAGGCAGCAAUGGUGACAGCGGCCAAACAGGUGACGAGAAGUUCGGUGGCUCUGCUUCAGAGGGGGGCAACAUGGGUUUAAAGGAUGGGACCCCGGGUGAUUCUGAGGCCUUAUCAGAGUUUGCACAACCCAUGAUCCUAGAUUCCCAAGUCAAAUUGUCAGCGCAAGAGGAGAAGAACGACGUGAUGAAAUCAUCCUGCCAAUCUGAUGUCAAAGACCAGGGCUCCCUCUCCAAGAUGACCGCAAAGAACGGCCUGAUGAUGCAGGUUUGUGAGGAACGGCUGCAGUUCUCCCUCAGUGAAAAUGUGAAAACAAACGUGCUUUGGGGAACGACAGUUAAAGACACGGCUGUGCUCCGGCCCUGGGGGGAACCAGCGACAGAGAGCGGUGGAGAACUGGUACCUGUUGAAGAACGAGCGGAGGAGGGAAGUGAUGAGCUGCCAAAGAGCGUCCCCAAUGUUGACGCCCAUGAUGAAUCUGAUGAAGCUAAAGCUGAGCCGCUCACUGUGAUCGAACAACCCGAGGUCAUAACACCUCAGCCUACUGCAAACCAGGCAAUGAAAGCGAAGCUGGCGCGCCUCUCUCUCGCCCUCCCUCCCCUCGCUCUAACUCUCCCCCUCACCCCCACGGGCAAAGGUGGAUUUGGAGACGGUGCGAUCGGAAGUCGGAUCGGGAGGCGGCGAGGCCUGACGUCAGGAAGUGACCCUGACGAGGAGGAGGAGGACGAGCAGGAAGACGAAAGCUCCCGGAGGGUGAUUGUGGUCACAGAAACAGAUGUGGACAAACGCAUCGGGUUGAGGAGUCUGCUGAAAUCACCCAAGGAGCCGAUGGACAGAGAGAAGGACAGGGGCCGAAACGUGUCCUUUUUCGAUGAUGUCACCAUAUAUUUGUUUGACCAGGAAACUCCAACCAAUGAACUGAGCAGUUCGGCACCCACGAGUCCCGCUGCAGUAUCUGUCAAAAGCACCAAGUUGGAUUUUCAUGGCCCACACAGCAAAAGUAAAGAAUCCAAGAAGAAGGAGGACUUAUCAGUCAAAGCAAGGUCGCCUGUGGGGGCCAAUCCAGUGGCAUCAGGGCGCUUCACUGUCAGCCCAGCUAAUGACCCCCACUUGGUGUGAUGUUACCGUCUUGGACUAGACGGUGAAUUAACCCUAACCAACCAGCCAUUCACCCAGAGGCUAUUUUUUUAUUGAAAAGGCAUCUGAAAGAAUGAGACUCCCAGUCUAAAAGCUGGACACAUUCCAGGUUUUUGAGUGACAGGACUUUGUAUGACAGGAGCUGCUGUGCUCCUGCCGCUGUUUACAGAGUUUAUUCAUAGCCGUUUGCCACAGAAGUGGAAGAGGCAGCAUAUGCUAGGAGAAGAGGAACCUGGAGCUUUGUAAAGUCUGUAACAGAUUUGACAGCUAUGCAGUGGGAGUCUUGCUGUGUACCAGCUUACCUUCUAUUUUGCUUCAUUCUGCUGUAUUGUUCCCCUGGAGUGAGGGGAAGGCACUUUCUUCAGUCGGUCAUCUGUCUAUGUAAAUGCUUGGAUCCCAGUCUUCUCCUUAUUAAGGAUGUUUUUCAUUGCAGUCAGUCAGUUCUUGUAGGCAACAGUUUUAAACAGAAAUUGCUUGACUCCUAUAUUUGAGAAAAUUCAUUUACAUUUGUACAAAUAUCAGUAAACACAAUAUAAGUGUAUACAAUAUCAUUUUAGAGCUGUUUACUUUUAAAUGUAUUCUUAGACUGCACGGAAAAUGAAACAAGCUGUGUUUCUUUAUUCUUUUAGGUCUAAGAAAUUUAUUUAUUUAUUAGUUUAUUAGUUUAUCUAUCUAUCUAUCUAUCUAUCUAUCUAUCUAUCUAUCUAUCUAUCUAUCUAUCUAUCUAUCUAUCUAUCUAUCUAUCUAUCUAUCUAUCUAUCUAUCUAUCUAUCUAUCUAUCUAUCUAUCUAUCUAUCUAUCUAUCUAUCUAUCUAUCUAUCUAUCUAUCUAUUUAUUUAUUUAUUUAUUUAUUUUUUGCUUUUGUGCAAUUAGCAUAUAUAAAUUUCAUUAUAAUUUGUUUGGGACAAAAUGCAUCUAGGUUAUAUCUUCUGUGAGAUCUUCAUAACAAAGAAAUCAAAAAUAUUUUCCCAAACGUCCUAAUAGUUGGAAAUAUUUUGUAUAAUUUUACUUGUAACUAUAUGCCAUCUGUAUUAAAUUGUCCUGUAAUGUUUAUUUUCCAAUGUCUAUGAAUUUUUAGCUGUCUUGUCAUACUUUUACUUUAUUUAUUAACAGUUAAUGUAGCUUAGCAUGAAAAAAAAUCAAUGCUUUUCACCAGUAAAUAACUCCAUUUGGUUGUGUAUUUAUUAAUUUAUUCAUUUUAUUUUACUAAAAGCAGCCAAUCAUGCAGUCAAGGUCCAACUAGUCUGUUUGUUUAGUCAGUUUAAAUGUUGGUUUAAACUUGUAUUGUUUAAAUAAUGGUUUUCAGGGCAUAAUGUAUAAACAAGGGGAAAUAAAAACUACAAAAUGUGAAACUGUUAUUGAGCUGUUCCAUAACAAUAAAUUGUAUUGUUUUCAGUUUGUAAA